AUGCGCGCUUUUAUUGUAUUGUGCUUGGUGUCCGUGGCCUGCGCCGACAAGCUCGGCUAUAACUAUCGUCCAGUUGGACACUCCAACGCGGGACUGUCCUUUGCUCCUGGCAGUGGCAGCAACGCUGGCAGUCUUGGAGGACUCGGUCUCGGCGCUGGACUCGGCGGCAGCAACUACGGCAGCCUGGACAGCGGUCUGGGUAGCUCUGGACUGGGCUCUGGCAGCUCCGGCUUGGGCAACUUGGGAUUGAGCGGUGGUUUCGGCAGCUCUGGACUGGGCAGCUCUGGCUUGGGCAGCUCUGGACUGGGCAGCUCUGGACUCGCUGGACCCGUUGACUACAGCUCUGCUCCCGCCUCUUCGGAGUUGGACAAGGAAUUCUACACCUUCUCCGCCAACGAGGAUGACUUCAAUGAGCCCCAAGCUCUGGAGCGUGUGCAAAACUCUGUCAACAAGGGACUGCGCGUCGUCUUCAUCAAGGGACCCGAGAACCGUGGCCUGGAGAACGCUGCUCUGGCUCUGGCCAAGCAGGCUGCCCAACAGGAGACCGCCAUCUAUGUGCUCAACAAGCAGACCGACCUCGGCGAGCUCGCCCAGAAGUUCAACGCUGUGCGCAACAAUGUGAACAACAAGCCCGAGGUGCACUUCGUCAAGUACCGCACUCCCGAGGAUGCUGCCAACGCUCAGCGUGCCAUCCAGUCUCAGUACGAUCAGUUGGGCGGUUCCAGCCAGUCUCACAAUGGCGGCGUUGCUCCUGCUCUGAACUUUGCUUCCGCUUCGGCUGUGCGUCAGCCCAACGCUCAGAUCCCCGAGAACUCGUAUCUGCCCUCAUCGGUGCUGAACCGUCUGCGCUUCCGUCGCUAA